AUGUACUCAAGCAAUUUUCUUUCUGGGAUGCCUUACGACGAUGUUGUUGGUGUUGCUGCUUCUUCGUGCUUGGCGAUCAUUGUGCUAUGGUUUAUCCAGCACGACAUGACUAAGCUUCAUAGGCACAACAUCUCAAAGAAUCUGAUCUACAUAUGCCCCGAUUUGAACUCCCAAGACACUUGUUCAGCCACAAAAACAAAGGCACUUUCCAUCGACAAUUGCAUAAAGAAAGGCUAG